CCAGGACAACGGCGGCGGGCGGUGACGGAGCCAUGCGAAAUAACGACUGGAGUGGUCCUAUCCCGUCGGUACAUAAUUCUCGGGUCGGUACAUCGUGCUGGACGUCGAACCCGGGACGUCAUGGAAACGGCGCUUCCGAAGGGGAUAAGUGUAGGGUUUCCCUGUGGGUCGACAGGGGAGGAAAAAUAAAUCUGUCCAUUCGAGCGCCGCACGAGGCUAGAAGCUUACAGCUAUGGCGAUGGCGGACGCUGCAGGCGACGGAUUCGAGUUCCUAUCAGAUCCAAUUGACAGAUUCCCAUUGCCGGAUCUCGCCGCCGCCGAAUUCUUUCUGCGCGGCGAAGCAAAUCAAUCUCUUGGGUGCGCCGUCGCUCAAUCUAGCAAUGGUGCUGUUUGGGAUGGCGCAGUGAUAGCACAAGAAGAAUUUGAGAGCGGCUCCAAAAGGAUCGCAAACAUCGAAUUCAGAGCGUUGGACAGCAAGGGCGAUGGACAAGCGGCUGACUCAGCCAACAGGUUUCGCUUGCCGGACCUCACCACCAGUAAAUCAUUGCUGGAUGGCGAAGCAAUGCAAACUUUGGUAUGCGCAGACGCUGAAUCCAGCAUUGGUGAUGUGGGUGAUGGUGAGGCAACAAUACAAGGAGAUGUCAAUAGCACCUGCAGUGGGAUGGCCCUGUCCAUGCCAACCUCAGAACAAUCGACAGGCAAAGACAAUCCUCAAGCACCUAGCUGGAUCAAGAGGAUCAGUGCCCUCGAAAAAACAUUGCAAAGAUAUGCAGAGAAGAAGACUGACACAGUCGUGGUUCCAGCAACAGGUAUCAACUUUGAUUCACUUGGAGAAGCGUAUGAUUGCUACAAUCUCUAUUCCUAGGAGAUUGGAUUUGGAAUAAGGUAUGGCAAGAGCCGGCUUAAUGUCGAAAGAACAAAAUGCAUGCAGGAGAUAGUCUAUGGCUGCACUGGAAUCCCGAAAAGCAGGACAUGCCGAUGCAGAUGCCCUGCAAUGAUACGUUUGCUUCAAUCAGAUGACAGUGGGUGGUACAUAAGUGAGUACAGACCAGAACACAAUCAUGCACACAGAAAAAUGUGGCAAAACGAUGUACUGGCCCUCACACAGACAUAUUGAUGUAUACACAAGGGAUGUUGUUAAACAACUCCGUGAGAAAAAUAUUAGCAUUGGCAAGGUCUACAAUAUAAUUGGUAGUUUCUUCGGUUCAAUGACAAAUGUACCUAUCAGCAAAAGGGCACUGAGAGGACUCUGUAGUAAGAUCAGUCGAGAGCAAGCAGACGAAGAUUUAAAGAAAACCAUGGAUGUUUUUGCCGAAUUGGGAGCAAAAGACUCUGGUCUCUGCUACCGAGUGCAGCCUGAUGAGGAGAGCCGUAUAUGGAAUUUGAUAUGGUUAACUGAAGCAAGGAGGGCACAGUACGAUUAUUUUGGAGAUGCAAUAACAUUUGACCCAACAUACCGCACAAACCUAUAUGAUAUGCCAUUUGGGCUGUUUGUAGGCGUCAAUAAUCACUUCCAGAGUGUGAUCUUUGGCGGCGUGCUAGUCGGAGAUGAAACAGUUGACACUUUCAAGUGGGUAUUCAGUGAAUUCAUUCGCAUGAUGGGGGGAAAACCUCUGCAAACAAUACUCACAGGUGAAUGACCUAUUACUGGAGUUUCUUUUCAUUGCAUAAUGCAAGAAAAACAACAAACAAAAUCGGUGAUAACCAAGGAUGACAUAUUUUUGCUGCUGUAGUAGUCUUGGAAUCCUCUUUUUUUGUCAUAUAACUCUGCCAAAUGCUACUGACAUAAAGAUGUGUCCUUGUGAAUGUGUGGAGAUCAAUGCAGAGCGAUGGAGUUAGCAAUUGAGAAAGUGCUGCCAGACACCACUCACCACUGGUGCAAAUGGCACGUCCUGAAAAAGGCAAAAGAAUAUCUUGGUCCACAUUACACAAAGCACAUCAAAUUCAGGGCAGAAUUCCACAAAAUAAUCCAUCACAUGCUUACGGUUGAUGAGUUCGAGACUGCAUGGAAGCAAGUGACAGAGGCGCACGGUUUGCAAAAACAUGCUUACCUCAUUGGCAUCUAUGAAACUAGAAUGAAAUGGGCAAAACCAUAUUUCAAUGGAAAGUUCUGUGCAAAGAUGACAAGCACACAACGCAGCGAGAGUGCCAAUCAUAUGCUCAAAUGCUAUGUUCCAGCAAGCUGCCCCAUGCAUCUAUUUGUUCGACAAUGCAUGAGACUUCUUUUCGAUAGAGGGGCAAACGAGAACUAUGAGGAGAGACGCACAAAGAUAGUAAGUUGCUGACUCUAUCCUCACUAAUGCAUUGUCUAUAUCUGCAGGUAGCCCCAGUAUUGAAAAUGAAUACACCACUGGAGAUGCACGCUAGCGACAUCUACACCCGAACCAUGGCUGAAAAAUUUGGCGAAGUUAUAUAUGAAGCGGGGCAGUACAAAGUUGAGGAAAUCACUAAAGGGAAAACCUAUUUCGCGAAACGAUACCAUCCAGAGAAACAUGCCAAAUGGUGCAGGGUUUUGUACAAAGUGGAAGUUGUUGACGAAGGAACUGAGCUGAUAUGCGAAUGUGGCAAUUUUGAACACACAUGCUUGCUCUGUUGUCACGCUGUUAAGGUCCUUCGAUUUCCUUGGCAUAGACCAUAUACCAGCAAAGCAUAUGCUGAAGCAGUGGACGAAGGACGCAAGAGAUUUGCUGCCAGCCCACCUGUCGCAUCUUCAGAAGGAUAGCAUUUCUGUGAAUUCAAUAACAUACAGGCACUGAAAUCUGUACACACAUGCACUUGAGGUAGUCAGGCUGGGAGAUGCAAAUCCAGAAGCAUGAGUGUGCAAUGGACAUCCUGAAGGGAGCAGUGGAUAAGCUGACACCACUAGCUGCUGUGCAGGAUGGAAUGGGGCCGGAAGACAAAAAUGAUCAACAUAAGAGAAAAGACAAAGAACCCAUUGCAGCAAUUGCACCCUUGAGCGGACGCUGAAGGGAGUGCAGUGGGGAACUUCGAAGGACUAAGUCCUCCAAAACGAAAACGAAAAGCCGGUCGACCAACCACAAGCAGGGACAAGACUCCAUAUGAUGUUCGGGGUGCAAGAAAUACAAGCGGCCAGCAAAUGCACAAGAUGCAGAGAGAUGUGCUACCAGCAAGCGCACUCGCUUCUGUAGUAUAUGCCGGGAGCCAGGGCACAAGAGCAGCACAUGCCCACUGCAAGGAGAUCUUCGUCGAAAGGAAAGGAAAGAGGCAAAAUGCUCAAACUGUGGUGUCGGUGGACACAGGUGAAACACAUGCAACAAGCCGAAAGUUGUUGUGCACGUGAUCGAGAAAAUAGCUUUGGAAACGAAUUUACCUUAGUUUGUGUUUCUGCAAACUCUGUUCUUGAGGGCUCUGCAGCCAAUACUUAGGAAUCUGUGUAAUAAAAACCAUCUACCGUGCUAUGUGUUGUACUUGGCACUAUUGUCGUUUUAAGGACUGAAUCAUUUUCACCUCUCUA